AUGCAAAACGAAGGUAAAGAACAACAAAAAGCCGGAGGUUUCUUCUCCUCACAAAACAAGAGAAGUGAAAUCAACGAAUGGAGAUUGGGCUUGGGAAAUGAAAAGGAAUCCGUCAGAAAGGAUACAGUCAAGAAGGUUAUUGCUGCCAUGACUGUCGGUAAAGACGUUUCCAUGUUGUUCACUGAUGUCAUCAAGUGUGUUGCUACCAACAAUAUCGAACUUAAGAAGUUGGUCUAUCUUUAUAUUAUGAAUUAUGCUAAGACUCAACCAGAUUUGGCUAUCAUGGCUGUCAAUCAAUUCGAAAGAGACUCUAACCAUCCAAAUCCUUUGAUCAGAGGUUUGGCUGUCAGAACUAUGGGUUGUAUCAGAGUUAACAAGAUUGUCGAAUAUUUGGCUGAACCAAUUAGAAAGACAAUCAAGGAUAAGGAUCCAUACGUCAGAAAGACAGCUGCUGUUGCCAUUGCUAAAUUGUUCGAUAUUAAUGCUGAAAUGGCUAUUGAGCAAGGAUUUGUUGAAGCUUUGGAAGAAUUGUUGACUGAUGACAACCCUAUGGUUGUUGCUAACGCUGUUAAAGCUUUGGAUGAAAUUUCAUCAACAUCAAGUGAAGUUAUUCUUGAUUUCACAGAAAAGACUGUCAAGACUCUCUUGGCUGCUUUGAACCAAUGUACAGAAUGGGGUCAAGUUUUUAUUUUGGAUGCUCUCUCAAAUUAUCAACCAAAAUCUGAUAAGGAAACUACUGAAAUUGCUGAAAGAGUUGCUCCACGUUUGCAACAUGCCAACUCUGCUGUCGUCCUUUCUGCUGUCAGAGUUAUUAACAAGAUGAUUGAUUUGAUUAGCAAUGAAAAUGAAAAGAAUGAAUUGAUCCAAAAGAUCUCUGCUCCUCUUGUCACAUUGUUGAGUGGUAACCCAGAAAUUCAAUAUGUUGCUUUGCGUAAUAUUGACUUGAUUGUCCAAAGUAGACCAGGUAUUCUUGCUAACAAUAUCAAGAUGUUCUUCUGUAAAUAUAACGAUCCUAUUUAUGUCAAGUUGGAAAAGUUGGAUAUUAUGGUUAAAUUGGCUUCUGAACGUAACGUUGAUACUGUUUUGAUGGAAUUCAAGGAAUAUGCCACUGAAGUUGACGUUGAAUUUGUCAGAAGAAGUGUCCGUGCUAUUGGUAGAUGUGCCAUUAAGCUUGAAAGAGCUGCCCAAAGAUGUGUUGAUGUUUUGCUUGAUUUGAUUCAAACUAAGGUUAACUAUGUCGUCCAAGAAGCUAUCAUUGUCAUUAAGGAUAUUUUCAGAAGAUAUCCAAACAAGUAUGAAGGUAUUAUUGGUAAGCUCUGUGAAAACCUCGAUACUUUGGAUGAACCAGAAGCUAAGGCUUCUAUGAUUUGGAUUAUCGGUGAAUAUUCCAACAAGAUUGAAAAUGCUGACGAAUUGUUGCAAAUCUUUAUUGAUACUUUCCACGAUGAAACUUCUCUUGUUCAAUUGCAAGCCCUUACUGCUGUCAUGAAGCUCUUCUUGAGAAGACCAAACGACACUAGAGAUUUGAUCAAGAAGGUUCUCCAUUUGUCUACUGAAGAAUCUGAUAACCCAGAUUUGCGUGACAGAGGUUACAUUUAUUGGCGUUUGCUCAAUGAAGACCCAGAAGCUGCUAAGGCUGUCGUCUUGUCUGAAAAGCCAGUCAUUAGAGAUGACUCUACCAACAUUCCAAAGACCUUGUUGAACGAAUUGGUCAAGCAUAUUGGUACUUUGUCAUCAGUCUAUCAUAAGCCUCCAGAAUUGUUCGUUGCUGGUUACAAGAAGAAGAAGAGUGAAUCUGGUGAAGAUAAGGAAGUUGAAGAUUACCUCAGAGAACAACAACACCAAGAUGCUGCUGACAGAACUACCACCCAAGAUAUUCUUGGUUUGGAUGACGUUUUGGGAAUGGGUACUGGUGCUCCAGCUCAAGAUUCUGGUGAUCUUGAUUUGGAUGAUGUUUUGGGUGUUGGUUCAUCUCAACCUCAAUUACAAUUCUCUGCAUCAACAUCUGCCAAUGCCAACGUUACUUCUCUCGUUCGUCCAGCUCCACAAAAGAAGUUGUUGCUCACUGCUGAUAAGAGCAAGGGUCUCCAAAUUUAUGGUGCCAUCAAUAGAAAUGCCAGAGGUGGACUCGAAUUCUUGGUCACUUUUGAAAAUCUUUCACAACAACCAAUCACUGGUUAUGCUUGUAAAUUCAACACAAACACUUUCGGUUUCGUCCCAGGACAAGUUCAAGCUAAUGGUAUUAUGCCUGGUCAAAAGACUGAUGGUAUUGUUCCAAUCCUCCCUGGUAACAAUGAAUCUGAUAAGGUUUCUCCACUUAUCCAAGUUGCCAUCAAGACUGAUUUGGGUGUUGCUUACUUUGCUGAUAGCAUUCCAUUCAGUGCCUUGUUCAUUGAAAAUGGUUCUUGUGAUAGAGAUACUUACCUCACUCUCUUCCAAAGCAUUCCAGAUGAAACUGAAAGCACUACUGAUGCUCCAAACGCUUCUGCUGGUAAUGCUAGCGCUCUCAUUUCUAGAUUGCAAGCUCACAACAUUUUCUUCGUUGCUGACCAUCAAGAUGCUGGUUUGACCAACUAUUACUUCUCUGCCAAAUUCAACUAUGGUACUGAAGAAGUUAUUGCUCUCUUGGAAAUUGUUGUUAGUGCCAACUCACCACAAUGCAAGAUUAAUACCAGAUGUGCUGAAACUCAAUUCAUCCCAUUCAUUGAACAAGAUGUUGCCAGAAUUGUUUCCCUCACUUUCUAAAUAAAUUAAACAUUUAUUCUCUGAAAA